UACACUUGUAGCUGCAUUUUACGUGUGCAUGAUAUUUUUCAUCUGGUUAUUGCAGCAGACCAGGAACGGGAUACAUACCCUCUCGAGCCAGCGUUCGUUCAGCUGUGUAGCUGGAGAAUCACUUGAAUUCUUGGCGACGAAAUAUUUUCUUUGGAUGCUGUGGGCUGACGUAGUUUUCGUGCGUGUUGUUCAAUCUUCCUCCUGCUGCUGCCUGAAGUCAGGAUGGACCAGGUGUUCGGUGAUAGCUGGUUAGCUGAUUUAGCGGCUUUCAGGAGAUCACCCCGUCCCUUCCUGUUGUCACGGCGCAUAACUCCGGAUUCACUGGUUCUUGAUAUACUUCAGAUCCUGUGCACUGAACGCUCUGAAGUGGUGAAGAUCAGCUUGCUUCACAUCCUGCAGGAGCAUGUUGACGUGCUGUUUUCUGACUCACUCAGUGUUGAGCACACGUUUGCUUCUCUCAAGGAUAUGUUUGAGCAGUCGGAAGGUGGCGGCGAGGUCAAUUUUCGUGCUCAGAUUCUCACAACACUCACCACUCUAGCUGUGUCCUUUGACUUCUUGGUCAGUCAAUCACAGCUGCUGUCUGGGUUCAUCAGUUCCUUAUUGGCCAGCCUUUCCAAGGUGAAUGCACACGAUCAAUCUGCCGUGCGGUCAUGUGCUUGUCACUGCCUCAGAGAGUUAGAGCUGAUGUAUCCGGGUUUGUUGGCUGUCAAGUUGGGCCAUUUCUUCGUGAUGGCUAACAUGGAGCAGUCGUACAUUGCACAAGAUUACAUGGCUCUUGCGGUUACAGUAAUGGAACAUGUGCUUCAUAUGGUCAUCACAGAUCCACAAUGGCAUACUGAGCAGUCUCUGAAUCAUUGGAUAACUAGCCGAUCAGAACCUCUCUUGCCGUACACUCUUCCUGAAUCACUACCUGAUCUUGAUGCUGACAGCAAGGCGCGUCUGUCUCUUGGCUCACUGCUGCCAAGUAUAGUUGAUACAAAGGAGUUACGGCGAGCAGUGUCGGUUGUCAUGGAGUUUACCCCACUGAUGACACCAGGCUGCCACUUGCUGACUAUUAGAGAGUUGAUGGACUGUGUACGAUGGACUGGCUUAGCACCAACGACAUUCAAAAACGAGCUACUAAGCAAUCUGGCCACUGCCUCCCUGCCGUUCCUACAUCUUGCUCUAUUGUUGAAGAUGAAAUUCCCCACUGAGUUCUUGGAGCCUGAGGAAGAGGACCUGCUGUUACACCGGCUUCUGAUCUUUGCAAACCAUCCCGGUGUUCCUAAUGACCAGCGCCUUGUUGCGUUUUCGUUCCUGCAUCGCUAUCCCUAUGUUGGUCUUGGGCAAACUGUCGUGCCAACAGAGGAUUGCUUCAACUCGGCUUUGGAUGCUGUAUGCCGUCAGCAUAUCUAUCCGACAGUGUUUGACAGUGAUGCACUGAUGCACAUCAAACUGGACAGCUUAAGCCUAUUACACCUGGCUGACUGCAGUAGUCACAAUGGUGGUGGUGGUGGUGGUACUGGUUAUAAUGCUGACGCUAAGAGCAGUACAGCAUCAAUGGAUGACAGCAGAGGAACGUUGCUGUCUCGGCCUGUCUUUGGCAAACUGGAUUUGAUGGUGUUGUUGGAAUGCCUUCACAAACCUCUCCAGUACGGUGUGCGUGGCAGUGUGGCUGUGGCACUCUAUCAUCUCAUGUUUGCGCUGUACAAGCGCCAUGGCCAGACCUCCAUGGCUGAGGAUAUCUACAGGCUGCUGGUGGGCACUGUGACUCGACACCCAUGCUACACAGCGCACACUAUAGACUUCCUGGAGUGUGUACGCAAGUCACACCCUGAUAGUCCCUUACCGUUGAUGAUGCUGCAAGCACUUGGAGAGCAGACUGUUUCUAUUGACACUGAUGCAUUGGUCAAACAGCUACCAUACCAUCUCACUCUGCUGCAGCAGGUAGCCUGUGAGGCACGUGUCGAUCCAUCGUCCAUCUUAUCCUAUCUACUCCGUGUACUGCACUCGUCCAGUCUCUGUCAGCAAGGACAGUGGUCUAUUGGCAACAAGAUCCUAUCAAUCUGCAGCUCAGCACUGCAACAUCACUCCAGUAGCUCAUUGUACAAAGAUGUUUGCAACCUGCUCAUUCUGUUGUCCGCUCAGUACAAUGAUGUCGACAUCCGGGACCGAGCACGUCUAUUCUACAGCCUGGUCACAUCAGUAUCUAGCAGCAAGCUGAUGGACUUACUAACGCAGGGAUCAGAUGAUACAUCGGCGUCACAGCGCUUGACUCGCCUUGUUGAAGUUGGUUUGAUAGCACCGUCUUUUCCUCCAGCUACACCUGUACAGACAGUAUCAGAGUGUUUGUUGAAGCUUACCAGGAUCCCACAGGAUGUGAUCACAAAACUGCCUCAUCGAGACUAUCGUGCAGAGCCGAUGGCCAGUGUUAAUGGCGCAGAUGUGUUUACUUGGUACAUCCAGCAAGUCCAGUUGCCCAGUCACCAGAUGCAAGUCACCCUGCCAUGCUUUUUGCACUAUAGUGAAUCCUGCCCGUACAAUGCGGACUUCAAGCAGAUUUAUGCUAUCUGUGUUCACCUGACAACGCAAGCCAACUACGCACCUGUGGAAGACGGUCUUGUCAUCUACCUGAGGCGCCGCUCAGCCACCAGUCCUGUUUCUUCACCACCAGCUUGCUCUCCCGUCUCCUUAGUGCUAUGUCCACUGUCUCCGGUACCAGCACUCUUCUCAGUCAGGGCAUCAUUUAGUGGCAAAGGUGGAGAUACAUUCUCUACCAACCUAGCAGAUUUACUCAUUUCCUUUUCGGAUCUCUUUCUACCACUGGACCUCCCUCCUGCAGCCAGUUCAUGGAGUGAUGAAGAGAAAGUGUGUGCUCGACAGCUGCUGUUUGAAAGCUUGUGGACUGGACUUGUGAAUGAGACGUGUGGUCUGAAGCACAUACAGACAGUCGUAUGCCUCAACAACACUGGACAAGCUACCGGGAAACUUAUCCGCGAAGAAUUGUCUCAUUUCAUCAUCCUGGACACAGCCGAGUUGGUAUUGAUCGCCAUCGCUCUGCCACCAAGGCACACUCUGCUGCUGAGAGUGUCCAGUGAGCAGCAGCGUAGCAUCUUCUCCAUAGUAACGGAUAUCUGGGAGGUGUUGCCCUACAUAGAGAGCUAUCUACAGAGUCUGGAGCGGCGCAGCAAGACAAGCACUGCAGCAUGAUCUAUCAGCACUCAACCGAAGGCUGGAGAUUGGCACCCACCGGGCUAGCAUAUUAUUAUUGGGGCGGCUUUAUUGAUUUUAACCGAAUGUCGUAGCAUGUGCACGCAUUGCUAAUGUGGGGAGCAACCCCAUGAUGAUACCUUAUGCAUGUACAUUGGGUACCUUCCUCUCUUGUACAUGAACAUCACUUGCACUCUCAUCACUAGCUUGCCUGCUGCUAACAUACACACAAUCCCUACUGAACAGUGUGUCAUAAUGGCAUGCACACACACACACACACACACGCAAGUACUAUCUAUUCUCUCUUUACACAAGACUUGACGGUAAACACUGUCCGUCACUCCUCAAAUACACAGUGUACUCUCCACGACACACAUGCUAUAGUAGUCAGCAGAACGUUAGUCUUAUUCAGACCAAUUAGUAGAAACGAGGCGCUUGCUCCUGCAUCAUCAUUAUUGCAUCGUCAUCAUUAUUAGGAAGUAUAGUAGAACUUAUCAAGAAAACAGUUCAUUAAAAAAAAUCUGUGAUGCAAUCCGUCAAGGCUAAGUAAGAUGUGGCAUGAUCAUAAAAUUGCACAUUUCUUUCUACAGAUUAUCAUGUGAAGUCAUUGAAAUAGUCAUGAACUCAGUCGAUGCUCAACUCAACCCUUUUUUAAACUAUGUGAAGUAUCCAGCAUGGCUGAUUGCGUGUUGCAUUAUUUUUCUAUGUCGUGACGUACAUUGUUAUUAGUUUUUAGAUGUGCUGGCCACGCUUGGGUUUUUAUGAGUCUGUAACUAUUCUUCUUAUUUUCUGA